GGUUUCUGUAAGGCUAACUCUUCUCUUAUCGAAAAGGGUGGGCCAACUUUUCGAGUAAUGGCGCUCGCCAAUGGCACCGCCCUCCUCCCCCGCUACCACCAACCCCUCCCUUGCUCCGCGGACGUCUCCUCCUCCCUUGCUUUCAUCUCGCCGUUCCUCCGUGCCGCUCGGAAGAAAGCCUUGAUUCGCCCGGUCUCCGCCGUCUACGCCGCGGGAACAACGGCCAAGAAUCCAGUCAAAGGCAAGGAGCCGACGGCAGUAGCGGACGCGAAGAAGGGAAAAUGGUCGGUGGAUAGCUGGAAGGCUAAGAAUGCUCUCCAACUGCCGGAGUACCCGGACAAAAUGGAGCUGGAGGCGGUGCUCAAGACGAUCGAGGAGUUCCCGCCGAUCGUGUUUGCUGGAGAGGCCCGCCACCUGGAAGAGCGGCUCACGGAUGCUGCUUUCGGCAAGGCGUUCCUCUUAGUAGGGGGCGAUUGCGCUGAGAGUUUCAAAGAGUUCAACGGCAUUAACAUCAGGGACACCUUCCGGAUUCUCCUUCAGAUGGGCGUCGUUCUCACGUUCGGAGGCCAGAUGCCUGUCGUCAAGGUCGGAAGGAUGGCUGGGCAGUUCGCGAAGCCUAGGUCGGAUCCUUUCGAAGAGAGGAACGGCGUCAAGCUUCCAAGCUACAGAGGGGACAACAUCAACGGUGAUUCGUUCAACGAGAAGUCGAGAUUUCCUGACCCUCAGAGGAUGAUCCGGGCCUACAGCCAGUCUGCGGCGACGCUCAACCUUCUCCGGGGGUUUGCCGCCGGUGGCUAUGCUGCAAUGCAACGCGUUACCCGGUGGAACCUCGACUUCAUUGAGCACAGUGAGCUAGGAGACAAGUAUCAAGAAUUGGCCCACCGCGUGGAUGAGGCUUUGGGGUUCAUGGCUGCAGCAGGACUCACUGUCGAGCACCCGUCCAUGACGACAACUGAGUUUUGGACCUCCCACGAGUGCCUUCUCCUUCCCUACGAGCAUGCCCUCACACGCAAGGAUUCCACCACCGGUCUCUUCUAUGAUUGCUCCGCCCACUUCCUCUGGGUGGGAGAGAGAACCCGUCAACUUGAUGGUGCCCAUGUUGAAUUUCUCCGCGGCGUCGCCAAUCCUCUCGGUAUCAAGGUAAGUGAUAAGAUGGAUCCUAACGAACUCGUGAAGCUGAUUGAGAUUCUCAAUCCCCAGAACAAGCCUGGGAGGAUAACCAUUAUAACAAGGAUGGGGGCAGACAACUUGAGAGUAAAGCUCCCUCAUCUAAUUAAGGCCGUUCGGAGAGCUGGACAGAUUGUAACCUGGGUCAGUGAUCCCAUGCACGGGAACACCAUCAAGGCCCCUUGUGGUCUCAAGACUCGACCUUUUGACUCAAUUCUGGCUGAAGUCAGAGCAUUUUUUGAUGUCCAUGAGCAAGAAGGAAGCCACCCUGGAGGGGUGCACCUGGAGAUGACUGGGCAAAACGUGACAGAGUGCAUUGGUGGAUCGCGGACUGUCACUUUCGACGACCUGUCUUUGCGCUACCACACCCAUUGUGACCCCCGGCUCAAUGCUUCCCAAUCUCUCGAGCUGGCAUUCAUUAUCGCUGAGCGAUUGAGGAAGACGAGGAUUGCAUCAAAGUCCCACAAUCCAUUCAAGCAGUUGGACUCCCGGCCUAAUCUGGGAUUGUGAGGGACAGUUUGUCCUUCAAUGCUGCAGGGUAUGCUCUACUUGGGAUGCUGAAGUAAUUGUUCCUCAUCGUCAUACGAAUAAGCGGGUAAAGUUGCCUGUUGAGUGCCUGAUGGAAAUUCAAAAUCUUCGUGUUUUAGGCCACGAUUUAUUAUAUUUUUCAUGUUGAGUGCCUAUAAAAAUUGCUUUGCCCUUUGAACGAAAAUAAAUAUCGAGAUAAUUGACGCACCAUGCUGGCGCAGCCGGAC